GGGCGCAGCCGUGCGCAUCCCACGCAGGUGUCCGCACCGCUGCUCUCCCACCAUGUCUGCAGCCUGGCUCCCGGCUCUCUGCCUCGGUGUGUGUGUGCUGCUGCCGCUGCCGAAGCCCGCGGACAGCGAGGGAACCGCUCCCGUGGCAAUCUCGUGCUCUACACGGGGCUUGGACAUCAGGAAGGAGAAAGUGGACGUGCUGUGUCCUGCGGGCUGCCCCCUGGAGGAAUUCUCUGUGUUUGGGAACAUAGUUUAUGCUUCUGUGUCGAGCAUCUGUGGGGCAGCUAUCCACAGGGGAGUGAUCAGCCCUGCAGGGGGACCCGUACGAGUCUAUAGCCUUCCCGGCCGAGAAAACUACUCCUCCACAGAUGCCAAUGGCGUCCGCUCUCAGACACUUUCCCGAUGGUCUGCUUCCUUCACAGUGACAAAAGGCAAAAGUAAUGCCCAGGAAGCCACGGGCCGAGCAGUGUCCACAGCACGCCCAGCAACAGGGAAACGACUAAAGAAAACUCCAGAGAAGAAAACGGGUAAUAAAGACUGCAAAGCUGACAUUGCAUUCCUGAUCGAUGGAAGCUUUAAUAUUGGGCAGCGCCGAUUUAACCUGCAGAAGAACUUUGUUGGGAAAGUGGCUCUGAUGUUGGGAAUUGGGACCGAAGGACCACACGUGGGCCUUGUUCAAGCCAGUGAGCAUCCUAAAAUAGAAUUUUACUUGAAAAACUUUACAACAGCCAAAGAUGUUUUGUUUGCCAUAAAGGAAGUAGGUUUCAGAGGCGGUAAUUCCAAUACAGGAAAAGCACUGAAACAUACUGCUCAGAAAUUCUUCACGCCAGAGACUGGAGUGAGGAAAGGAAUCCCCAAAGUGGUGGUGGUCUUCAUUGACGGCUGGCCUUCUGAUGACAUUGAAGAAGCAGGCAUUGUGGCCAGAGAGUUUGGUGUCAACGUAUUUAUAGUUUCUGUGGCCAGACCUACCCCUGAAGAACUGGGGAUGGUUCAGGAUGUCGCAUUUGUCGAUAAGGCUGUCUGUCGGAACAAUGGCUUCUUCUCUUACCACAUGCCCAACUGGUUCGGCACCACCAAAUACGUAAAGCCUCUGGUGCAGAAGCUCUGCACUCACGAGCAGAUGAUGUGCAGCAAGACCUGCUAUAACUCCGUGAACAUUGCUUUUCUCAUUGAUGGCUCCAGCAGCGUCGGGGAAAGCAAUUUCCGCCUCAUGCUUGAGUUUGUCUCCAACAUAGCCAAGACUUUUGAAAUCUCGGACAUUGGUGCCAAAAUAGCUGCAGUCCAGUUCACUUACGACCAGCGCACAGAAUUCAGUUUCACUGACUACAGCACCAAAGAAAAUGUGCUAGCUGUUAUCAGAAACAUCCGCUACAUGAGCGGUGGCACGGCUACCGGUGAUGCCAUUUCCUUUACUGUCAGAAAUGUGUUUGGGCCCGUGAGGGACAGCCCCAACAAGAACUUCUUGGUCAUUGUCACAGAUGGGCAGUCCUAUGACGACGUCAGAGGCCCUGCUGCUGCUGCACAUGAUGCAGGAAUCACCAUCUUUUCAGUAGGAGUGGCUUGGGCUCCUCUGGAUGACCUGAAAGACAUGGCCUCCAAACCAAAGGAAUCACACGCCUUCUUCACAAGAGAGUUCACAGGACUAGAACCGAUUGUUUCUGAUGUCAUUAGAGGCAUUUGUAGAGAUUUCUUAGAAUCCCAGCAAUAAUAGUAACAUUUUGACAACUGAAAGAAAAAGUGCAAGAGGACCUAAUGUAUAAAUUGUAUUCACGUAAUACUGAAAUACUGUAGCAUACUAGGGUCAGAUACAAAACUAUUGAAGAAGUCAACAGCUAUUUUAAGCACAUAAGCAUUCAUUUAAAGCUACUGCUUUCUAAUUAUAACUGUUAGAAAGGCUCUGCUGUGGCUUCAUAAUCAUGACAGACUCAGGAGAGGAAAUAUUGUGGAUUAAGGUCCUAACCAGUACUCAGAUGCCUAUUAAAUGUAUAAAUAUGCAAAUCCCAUAGCUCAAUAAAAGAAACCUGGUACUUAGACCAAAAGCAAA